AUGGACGACGAGGCGCCCGUAAAGGAUGAUUCUUGGAGGGAGUUGAGCCUAUCGUUGCCUUUGAGCAUCAAGAAAAAGGGCACUGAUCCCAAGGGAACACUGCUUUACACUCCUCCUAGUUGGGGCGCAUCCGUUUCACACUUGAGUGACAUAGAUGUGUAUGUUGAGGUGAUUUCCAACGGCGUUGUUUUGGGAAAUGUAAAAUUAUCCGACAAGGGGUAUUAUAUUUUAGGAUCGCAGGAUGAUUGUGACUUUGUCUACAAGAAUCCACAGGUUUCACGCAAGCAUUUUGUUCUCCAAUUCAACAGAUUUUCAAAUUUGCUCAUAUACGAUUUAAACUCGAAAUGUGGAACAACUGUUAACCAUAUGAGACUUGAACCUGAAAAGUACUACACAUUGAACAUUGGAGACCAAAUAAGGAUAGGGAAGCGUGGUUUUAGCAGUAGAGUCUAUAUAAUUUCUGGCAAAUCCAUCUUUUCCAGGGAAGAAGAUUCCGAAUCAGACGACUCUAAGGAAGAAAAGCCUACUGAAAAGCGUGGCGCAGCUUAUAGGGAUAUUGAACAGAUACAAAAGUUCAGGAAACGACAGAUUGACUUGGAGGAGAAGACUGUCGUGAGGGAUAAACCGGACGUUGGUUCCUACGACACUCGACUAGACGUUGAUGAAUGGGACGACUAUUUUGAUGCCGCAAUUAAAAAGCCUGAGAAAAAGACGACGGUGCUGAACAAGAGUAACGUUUUGGACAAUAUACGCAAAUUACAGCAACAGGAACUCGACCUUCUAAAUCGUUGGUAUAUCUCCGUUAAAGAUGCGCUAACACCUGCCGAGUUUGGCGAGGGAAUCGAUUCGGAACUGCAAGAUGUCAAGAGGAGGGAGCUCGACAAGGACAAGACAAAAUUCCAGAAGCAGCUCGAUGGCAUAAGAGACGACUUGGAGUACUAUCACAAACUUUUGAGAGUGGCAAGUUUCUGACGAAUAGCCACUUGUGUUUGCGGGCGUCUCAAUGCGUGGCCACAUUGUACUUGUUUGUCCGGAGUUACUUGAUUUUUCGAGUAAAGACGGGAA